GAGUUGAACUGCUCCCAUUAGCUUGGGUCCCAGAGCAAUUUUUCUUAAUUACAUUCAGCUCAGCAGGACCCAUUUUAUGGUGUGUUAGAUGGACAGAUUCCACAUGCAGAAUAGUCUAAUAAUUAUCAGUGACUUUGUCGGAGGAGCAAGUAAAUUCUGGGUAUGAUAUUGAUGUAGGCCUGACAAAUUUUGUUUUUUCAUUUAGGAGUGGCAAUUUUACCUAAUUUCAUCCUCCCAAAGUCCAAUCACUGUGAGCUUUUUGUGUAUUAGAAAAGAGUAACAGUGAACGUUACUACCUACCUAGGUGCAAAGCAAAACACAACGAGCCAUCUGGAUCCAACGUGCAAAUACACACAGAGGACAGUCUCUCGAUCAGAACGUACUGAAACCAUUAAAUCGGGAGGCAUUAAAACAUUUCCUGGACACCAGAGUGAAGAGCUUACUUAUCACAGUGACUCAUAUUUUUUCCGUUGACCCACUUACAGUAGUGCUACUGCUAGCUAAGUCAUUACUACAUCUGUCUGUUGAGACAAUUCAAGCUCCGCUCCAUUAGUUUAGCAGGUUUAUCAAAUACCCAGAUCUAAAAUGUAUAUUAAUCAAAGCUGGUGAAGCUAGCUGAGUUUACACAGAGCCAUGGCACCUGCAGUUUAUGUUAAUGCCUCAGAUCCUACCUCCAGCAACAUAAGGGCGCUGCUUCAAGCAGCUGUUCAAAGCUUGCAAUGGACUUAUUCAAUUUUUUGGCGUGUUUCUCAGCAGAGGGGGUUGCUGGUUUGGGGCGAUGGGUUUUACAAUGGGGAUAUAAAAACAAGGAAAACUGUUCAGGCAAAGGAGAAUCUCGGCCAGGAUGAGCUUUGUGUGGACAGGAGCCUGCAACUGAGAGACCUUUUUGAGUCCCUGUCCUGUGAAGGUGGCAACGAUGUUCAGCCUGUUAGGAGGCUGUCUGCUGUUGCUUUGUCCCCUGAAGAUCUUACAGAUACAGAGUGGUUCUAUCUGAUCUCUAUGUCCUUCGAGUUUGCAACUGGAAAUGGAUUACCAGGCAGAGCUAUGGCAAAUGGACAUCCUCUGUGGCUGUGUAGAGCCAAUGAAGUGGAAAGCAAGGUUUUCUCCCGUGUUCUUCUUGCUAAGACUUCUGGCAUACAGACCGUACUAUGUAUUCCGGUCACACAUGGAGUGAUUGAAGUAGGUGUAACAAACCUGGUAGCAGAGGAUCCGAGUAUUAUAGAGCAACUUAAGAACAUUUGGGUUGAUGAGGAGGAUCCAGAUCCAGAACCAGAGAUAUCAUCGCAGCACUCAACUUCAAGUCUGCAGAGUUCAGAUGGCAGUGUGCAGUCACAGGAAGAAUGCAUGCAGCACCCACACAUUUCUGGCUUACAGAAUGAGAAUGAAUCAAUGCAAGCCAUCAACUCCCCUAGUUGUUCAAAUUAUAUUGCUUGGCCUUACUAUAAUCAAGAAGACAUGGUCUACAAUGGUGGAGGAUAUGUAUCCAAUUCUUAUAAUAAUUCUCAGUUUCAGGCUAAUGAUCCCAUGCUUGUUGGAAUUGAGGAGAAGACCACGACCCACUCUGUGUCUCAACACAAGAACGAGAUUACUGAUGACAACAGUCCUUUUUUAAAAACAGUUUCUUUUAUACUGCAACAACAGCCGUUGAUCUUGAAUUAUACGCAGUUUAAAAAUUCCUAUGGCGGUGCUUUCUCAAAGUGGGUCAACAGAGGAGUUGCCAGAUCCUCAACCAGAUCACAAUCAAUGUUAAAAAGCAUACUGUUUAAGAUUACCAGGCUGCAAUGCAAGGACGGGGACGAAGCCUGGCCUAAAACUAGUGAAGAAGCCCAAAAUGGUUCUAAGCUAGAAGAGCUGAAUACAGGUCAUGUUCUCGCUGAGCGCAAGAGGAGGGAGAAACUGAAUGAAAAGUUCAAGAUUCUUAGAUCUAUAGUUCCAUUUGUCACCAAGACAGACAAGACAUCGAUCUUAGGAGACGCCAUAGAUUAUAUGAAGCAUCUUCAGCGCAGAGUGGUUGAGUUAGAAUCUUGCAAGAAGAAUCAGACAGAAAGUGAAUGUACUGGGCCUUCAAAUAAAGGUUUUGAAAGACUGGAUAAGAGGAAGAUCCGCGUUGUAGAAGAACCUACUUCAUCAACAAUUAUUAGAGCAGUUGAUGCAUUUCGAGAAGAUAUUGAAGUAUCGAUCAUUGAUGAGGAGGGUCUAAUAGAGCUGAAAUGUGCUUGGAAGGAGGGGAAAUUGCUGCAAAUACUGCAGACUCUCUCUCAUUUCUGUGUAGAAACUUAUGAGCUUCAGUCUUCAAGGGUGCAGACCGACUUCCUUGUGGCAACCAUAAAAGCAAAGGUGAGGAGAACGCCAAGUGGGGAGAAAGUAACAAUUGCCGAACUUAAGAAGGCCCUUCAGCUAGUUGUUCAAUGAUAUGGGUUGGACAAUUCUGUCAUUUAACAAGGUUCAGGUUCUUCUGUAUGGUCUUUGACGACCGUAAACAGGAACACCCAUAAUAGAAGAUACUUGAGAUGUGACUCUUCUUCUUUUAACUACCUAGUCAUCUGAAGACAGUUUUUACAGUCGGCAAAAUCCUUUAAUGUUGCAGAGUUUCCAGUAUGUAAUGUCUUGCCCACCAUUGUUGAGGAAAACUCACUCAGGAGAAAUUCAAUGAAGAGUAUACGUAUAUACCACCAAUCUAAAAAGUUCUUACACAGUUUUCUCCAAAAGUUCUAAUGCCAUUACUGAUAUGGACUGUGAAAAUCAAAUCCUACCAAUCUACAGAUUUUCAAUUGCCAUUUCUGUCCAAGUGGGGAAUGCCAACUUUUUACCAUACUCACAGAAGGUAGAAACCUAACAGAAGAUUUUACACACUGGAAACUGGAAAAACAGAAGAAAUGUAAUUGUAGGAAGCUGUACUCCAUUGGGUUUCUUUACAUUUUCUGAAAGGACAAUUGAAUAUGUUUAUUGCUCCAAGAUCAAAUGUUUUCAUAUACAUCAUGUUACUCCUUACAGAA